UACAUACCAAGUGGCUCGGUAUAGCAGGCCUGCUAUCCGGAUUUCUUGCCAAUGCCAAAAAUCGGUUCUUGCAGUCUACAAAAUAUCUGUUUUUUUCAGUAAUUAGAGUUUUUAUUUCACUACAUCAAGCUGAAGUUCUUCUACCAUGAACAACUGAACCUGUAUUGUCGUCGAGCCUAUCGAAAGAUGACCGUUUUUCAACUUAAAAAACUUCUUGAGAGGCACUAGUAAGUUGUACCACACGACUCGGGAGAUCUUCACGUUUUCUUCGUCACACGAAUGCCGCAGUGGUCUCCAAAUAAUAAUAAACAGUAGAUGCUAGAAGUAGUACUGUAGCGCUUCUAAACAGGCCCUUUGCCUUUGAGGAGCAUCAGGAAGCUCAUCCUCCGAAAUUUCAGCUACAGGCAGAUCCUCGACAACUCGGGAAUAGUACUUACGUCGUAAUCACCAAGAUGUCGAGUUCCUCUUCUUCCGCGCCUCCCGGAGGAUCUUCCUUCGUCUUAAGGUCGCGCCCGGAGGGCGAUAUUGGUAACCAAAUGCGUGCGCGAAAAUCUAAUCAGCGCGAAGGUCCGCCAACCUUUUUCUACCAUCGCCGCGGCCCACGCGGCGAAAGCGCGGCCCUGCGGGCCGCGCUUUCGCCGCGCGGCCGCUUCUGCAAACGAGAAAAAGCCCCAUUUAUUUCUAAUUUCUAGAUUCCCACUUCUUCUUCUUGGGCCGCGGGCCGCAGUUCCGACCUUAAGACGACGAUCUUUGGUGUAGAUGGUGGUAGAAGUACCACCGGAAAGUUGAAUGACGUUACUGAGUGCGGAGUGAGGAAAUCUCCCCAGCCGUACCAGAGAGAACACAUUGUGAAAAGUAACCGGUGAUUUCGAUUUACAAUCCCAAUUGAUGCAACUAGCAUUAGCAAAUAGCUGAAGAUGAACAAGUUGGCCAGCAGUGAAGAUUCGCCCAGGAUUUUAGGUCCACCGCCCAUCCUCAAGAUUCCGGCACAUCGUGCCACUGCGACAAUGUAAUCCGCAACCACAGCGACAUCUCGCUCAGGUAGUACUAGCUUCGGUCUGUGGCGGUUUAAUAUCUUUAUGUGAAGACAACUCGGAUUCUGACAGAUCCAGAUGCGCAGUCCGCCUCCUCUCUAAGACUCUUGCACUGGUGCUGAAUGAUGAAACUCGUCUGUUGAUGAGCAGUACCACCUUGCGAAAUCAGUGUCGGUACAUACCUCCAAGUGGCUCGGUAUAGCAGGCCUCUCGUCCGGAUUUCUUGCCAAUGCCAAUCGGUUGCAGUCUACAAAAUAUCUGUUUUUUUCAGUAAUUAGAGUUUUUAAAAACUACAUCAAGCUCAUUCUUCUACCAUGAACAACUGAACCUGUAUUGUCGUCGAGCCUAUCGAAAAAUGACCGUUUUUCAACUUAAAUGACUUCUUGAGAGGCACUAGUAAGUUGUACCACACGACUCGGGAGAUCUUCACGUUUUCUUCGUCACACGAACGCCGCAGAAGUGGUCUCCAAAACAGUAGAUGCUAGAAGCGUAGCGCCAAACAGGCCCUUUGCCUUUUAGGAGCAUCAGGAAGGUCAUCCUCUGGAAAUUCGAGCUACAGGGUAAUCGACAACUCGGCAAUAGUACUUACGUCGUAAUCGCCAAGAUGUCGAGUUCCUCCUCUUCCGAGGUGAAGAUUUGCGCAGGAUAUUAGGCCCACUGCCCGUCCUCGAGAUUCCGGAACAUGGUGCCUCUGCAAAAAUGUCCGCAACCACGACGACAGCUCUACUUUUGCAUCUUGUUCAGGUAGUACUAGGACUAGCUUCGGUCUGCUGCGGUUUAUCUUCAUGUGAACACUCGGAUUCUGACAGCUGCGCAGCGCAGUCCGCCUCCUCUUUGCACUGGUGCUGCAUGAAAGUCCUCUGUUGAUGAGCAGUACCUUGCGAUAUCAAUGUCGGUACAUACCUUAGACAAGGAAAAUCAAGGAAGUUCAUCAAAAAUCGAACACCCCCCGGCCCGGGGCUCCCGGGAAAUAUAGUUGAUUUGUGUGGGCCCCAACCAUCUUGCAUUUCUCCCCAACGGAGCCCGCCCCACCAUCCCAUGCCGCUGGCAUGCGUGUCGCUUCUAGUUCUCACGCCUGCGCAUUUACUAGCCGACACGAUCCCAACAUUUGCUCUGCAGCCUUGCUCCGGUUCAAAGGAGGACGCCUAUGACAGAACAGCUCGAAGGGGUUCGAAGAUGGCGCGCUUUCGAAAUCAGCGCCAUUGUUCCGAAAGCGUUGCCGGGUCCUAUUUUCUGUCCUGUCGCAGGGCAGAGCGCUUCCACGUUCCCACUUGAAUCUCUCGCGCAGCUCGAAGAAUGUACAACAGCGCCAGUACAUUCACCGGCAGAACCACCCAAAGCGCCAGGAGCAAACGGGCAACCGCCCAGCCUGUGUCCCAGCCCCGGCCCAGUUGCCGGACGCGGCGGGCACAUGCGCUCUCGAAAGCGCCGCGCCUCCGUCGGAAAUCGGCGGCAAGGCCGGCCGCGGUACCAGUGGCCUGGGCCGGUGCGAUGCGUUUUGCGUAUGCGGCCUCCACCCGAUGGCCGGAGGCGCCCCGACCGUCCCGUCUCCUGUUCUCGGAAGUUUUUGGCAGAUGCAAAAGCGCGCGGCCUUGCGCCCGCCUUGGCUGCGAAGAACAGGCGACGCGACAUUCUGUCUGCGGAAGGCCCUCGGCCGUGGGUGUCUUGGGGUGUGAUUGUCUUUAAGACAUAGCGGGCGCGAAGGCAGUAAAACGAAGAAGGCGAGAAGAGCAGGUCGGGAGGAAUUCUUGUCCGAAGGCGAAGCCGGGGGGGGCCCCCAGGGGGGUGCUUCAGGGGGGUACUUUUUUGGGCGCGGAAUUCUUCAGUUUUAGGGGGGGGAAAGGCUUCCCAAGGGGGGUGCUUUUUGGGGGUGCUUUUUUUCGCAAAGAAGGGGGCCCCUUUGGCUGCCCGGCUGGGGCCCUCGGCGGCCGCGGAGGCAGUUUUUUUCGCUUUUGCGAAACAAGAACGCCGGCGGCCUCGGAGCCAAGCCGGAGCUCGCCAAGCUGCCCCCCUUCGGACCGGCCGCCGCCCCGGCCGCCGGGCAAAGCUCCCGGUCGCAGCGAAGGCGGGCACAAGGCCGCGCGCUUCUGCCUCUUCCGGAAACUUCCCAGACUGGGGCGAGACGUUCGGGCGGCCUCCGGCCAUCGGGAGGAGGCCGCGCGCGCAAAGUGCAUCGCAUCGGGCCACGCCACUGAUAUCGUGGGCGGCCCCGCCGCCGACUUCCGACAGGCGCGCGGCACUUUCGGCGACGUCUUUGCCCAGCACCUCCGGCCGCCGGGCCGGGGCGGGGACAAAAACUGGGCCUCUGUUGGUUUGCUACUGGCGCUCUGGGGGGUUCUGCUGGUGAAUGUGAUGGCGCUGCUCUUCAUUAUCCGGGCUGUGCGGGCGAUUCAGGCGGCAGGCUAGAAGGGCUCCGCGCUGCGACGGGACAAGAAACGGGGGCCGGGAACGUUUUCGGAACAAUGGGGCUCAUUUUAAACGCGCACCACCUUCAAACCCCUUCGAGUUGUUCUCUCAUAGGCGCGCGCCUUUGAACCGGAGCAAGACUGCAGAGCAAAUGUCGGGGGCGUUUUGCCUAGUACAUGCGCAGGUGUGAGAACUAAAAGCGACACACUUGCCAGCGACAACGCAUGGCGGGGCGGGCUCCGCUGGGGAGAAAUGCAAGAUGGUUGGGGCCCACAGAAGUCAACUAUAUUCCCCGGGAGCCCCGGGCCGGGGGGUGUUCGAUUUUUGAUGAACUUCCUUGAUUUUCCUUGUCUAAAUACCAAGUGGCUCGGUAUAGCAGGCCUCUCCGGAUUUCUUGCCAAUCGGUUGCAGUCUACAGAAUAUUUGUUUUUUUCGAGUAAACUAGAGUUUUCAAGCUUAUUCUUCUACCGCGAACAGAUAAAUCUGUAUUGUCGUCGAGCUUAUCGAAGAACCGAUUUUCAGCGUAAAGAACUUCUUGAGAGGCACUAGUACCACCCUCGGGCGCUCUUCACUUUCUCUCUCUCAAACGAACGCCGCAUCUCCAGCAGAAUACGAAAUGCUAAAAGCGUAGCGCUACCGCCCUCUGAGGAGCAUCAGCAGCCCAUCCUCAAAAGUUUGGGCUACGUCGUAAUCACCAAGAUGUCGAGUUCCUCCUCUUCUGCGCCUCCAAGACAGGUGAAUGCCAUAUGGGAUUCUCAAUUGUUACAUUCUCAACUGUUACAUGAAUUCGUGAUGCAAGAAUGGCAACAGUGAGAGGCCGGAUCUUGCAACUCUUGCACUACAAACUCGGCACAGAUUCCCAUGCUGUUUAGCCCUUCCAAAAUUUGUCAUGCGAAGUAGCUUCAGCGUGUGGACGUUGAUGCUCAUUUUGCAUGACAAAUCACGUAUACAGUGGAGAGCGUAACACUUGAGAACGCCAUAUGCCAGUCUCUCCGCGCUCAUCCAGGCGACCGCGGGGGCGGGCGGCGGCGUGUGGUCCAUGUUUAUGCUGUUUCCGUUGGACAUAUGAAUUGCAAAAGCAUCGUACUCGUAGAAAUGCAUUACAAAUUUUCUCAGCAGGACAAAUAAAAUUUGUAAUGCAGAUUUGCCUUGGGAACAAGGUUUGUAAUGCAAGAUUUGUAAAUGCAAGACUUGCAUUUGUACGAGUGCGAUACUUUUGAACAGGAUAGGACACCCUGAAAACCCUCAUCCAGGCGGGCAAGACAAAAAGUCCCAGCACGCUCGGGGUAUAAUUAUACGGAUUUCUGAUAGUUUUUGUUUUUUGUAGACGAGAAUACUUGCUGCAUCUGUUCGAUUUGGAAACUGAAAGUCGUGUCAACAUGGGUAAGAUCCUCGACAGGAUCACGCAGUUCGAAAGGAUCAGGAUAAUCAUCGAUAUUUCCAAAUAAAAUCCCUAUCACAACAGGCCCUCCGCGAAAUCUUGGCCGAAAAAGAAGGUGCGCUCGCUCUGUACCGGGGGCUUGGGGCGAAGACGAUAGAGACGGCGUCGAAAAACUUUCUGUUAUGCAAUACAAAUUUCCUGUACAUGUACAAAAUGCGUCACAAAUUUCGCCAAUUUGGGGCUCAACACUUGUCAUGCGAAACCAGGAUCGAAGCCCAGUUUUGUCAUGCAGAGACCCAAUAUGUACGUGUGCGGGAAAUUUCAUCCUGUGGAUAUCUGUAUUUCUACGCCUACGAAAUUCUCGUGAAGAUAAUAAAGGCCCGGGAAAUGGAGAUGACCACACUGAUGAACUUGCAAGUCGGUUACUGGGCCGGGGUGGCGAACAUGCUCUGUAUUGGACUUGAGUUUUGCUUUUGUUUUCUGUUCAACAUGAACUUUUUUUGUAAUUGAGUACGUGCAUGAGACUGUUCUUUUUUUUGACUCUCUCUCGUCGGUCGUGCGGAUAUUCCAGGAAACAGUAGACUCAAGCUACAAGUGGAUCAAACUAUCAGGUGUGAUGCCGCUCGAGGUACUGUCGACGAGGCUGCAAUGCGAACCCGGUGGCGGGAUACGGAAAGCUGCAAAAGCGAUCGUAUUUUUGUCUUUGAAUCAACAUGAGCACGACCUUUUUGUCAUGCAAGACCAGCAUUCGCGUUUCAUUUCUUUCUCCCAUGCUUGUAAACACUAAACAGAACUGCAUAGAAUUGCAAAACGCCCACUUCUCAACCACAGAUCGCCGAGAAGGGCAUUGCCGGUCUCUACUCCGGCCUUGGCUUCAACAUGCUCCUCUGCCUCAACCCAGCAAUCGUGAAUACCGUCUUCGACAUUUUGAAGGGCAAAAUCAUCGACGCCAAGGAGCUCGGGCAGAAGUUUCUCACCCCGAUAGAAGCGUUUCUGCUCGGCGCCCUGUCCAAGUGCGUCGCGACGAUACUAACCUACCCGCUGGUGAGGCUGAAGACGAUUCUGCAGACGCAGGGGACAACAGAAUCGACCUCUACGGGCGGCUCAUCGAACAAGUCCUCUCCCGUAAAAACACCAGCGAAAACACCGGAGAAAGGCAGUAGUUCUGGUGCUAGAAGUUUGGUACCGAAAGAGGAGUCGGUGUUGCAGUUUUACUUCCGAGGGCUGGGACCAAGUCUGGUAUAGAUUUUUGAGUUUUAGUUUUAGAUUACAACGAACUUGUCAUGCAUUUUUUGUGGAUAGCAAGAAGGACAGGAGAACCUUGCUGGAAGUGGAAGAUGUUGUCCUGCACGAACCGCAGGCAACACAAGAAGAAAUCGUCGAAACAAAAAACGCAAACCAUCAGGUCAAAACCGCCCUUCAAGCCGCACUGAUGUACAUGGCAAAAGAGAAGAUCGCGUUGAUCACGAAGUUGAUUAUCAAAUCGGCCGUCCAUUUCAUGCGCGCGGACCCGGGUAGGAGGUCAAAGAUUAAGGUGCUCGGCGGGAAGCCACUGGCAUAGAUAUAGAAGUAGAAUGGACACGGUCUUUGUCAACAACCCCCCGGUGCGGGAUUCGAUUCAUUUUUUAGGUUCAGCAGAAUAUUACGUGAUGCCGAAUAAGAUUCUACAGCCUGUUUCAGCUACAACACUUUUCCACGUGUACAAUGAAUGCUUCUGGGUUCCCAGUGCGAUUUGGAGGACUUGCGUCACUUCAUUGUACUAGAGGUCAAGAGUUAUUUUCCACUGAAUUCUGCGUCAGUCUCUCGUGCAGCAGUGCGAGGGGGCAGACCACGAACUACUCUUCAUUUCUACAGUGCGUGCACGAACAACAUGCUGAGCAACGCUAUUUUGGCUGCAACGGAACCACGAGCUGCACCGCGACGAUUUCAUCCUCGAAGUGACGAUCCUUGCAAAGUAGUUUUUGCUGGCCUCAGAAUACUUUUCACGCAACAUGAAAAUAAAAAGGGGUGAAACUCGAAUAA